AUGCCAUCCUUCGCAGAGCUCGACUUAGAGUACCGCUUCUGGUCGUUCAUGGAGGGUCAUCCUGCCCAUGCCCCUUUGCCGCCUACAGCGCGCGACGAAGCACUUGACGUCCUUACUUGGGCAUACACUGGAAUAGAUUGUUUGCUGCCCACGAACCGUCUGGCGACUCCUCCCUUCACUCCGGAGGAGUGUCAAGAGCUCAUGGGCCUGUUGAAGCAGACUAACACCUCUGUUUUGCAACCCGCCGUGCAGACGCGUAUCGUCUCUCGAAUCCUGUUGCGUGGUGCGCAAUGGCGUCAACUGGCAUUCCGCCCAAACCGGGCGUUACCGAAAGACGUGCCCAAGCCCGGCCCGCAGCGCGUGGAGCGUCAUGUGCCCCUCCGACGGGCUGUCCUCGAUAUCGCAGUGUCCUUCCUGUGCCUCGGAAUCCCUUUCCUGUUCAUGGGCCGCUCUCAUCAGUCAAGAUUCGAUCUUGAGCGCGGGUUCGCGAUGGGAUCGGUGCCUGUGAUGAGCCUGCGGAGCCCGGGACCGGCGAUGGUGGUUGCUGGAACUUCCUGUCUGGUGGCCGCAAUGAUACUGAGUGCGUCAGUCACUUUCAUUUCGCUACCCGGGCUGGACGAUCUUUCAAGAAUCGCGGGGCUCCUUGCCAUUCUCUGCUCUACGGCGAGCAUGGCAUCAACUGUUAUCGCCCUUUUCAGGUACAAGACGGACGUAGAACGCUCGGCGCAGUAUUACAUGGCUGGAGAAGGGCUUGUAGUGCUUACGCGUCGGAGCAUCGUCAUGUCGCUUCCGCUCGUAUUCCUCGCCUGGGCCGUCGCAGCUUUCAUAACAGGCGUUACGAUGUACUCUUUCCGUGGUUUCACGUUGACAGCUCCGGGUUCUGGUGUGUACAAGCAGCCGUUCGACAAGUACACGCAGUGGACCAUAGCAGGUACACUGGGUGGCCUGGUCGGCGUGUUAGUCACGUCUGUCCUACUUGUACGGUGA